AUGGAGGGUGCAAUUAUGAUGAAACUCACCCGCUCCAACUGGGUUACGUGGAAAUCAAGAAUGGAGGACAUGCUUUAUUGUAAAGAUCUCCAUGAGCCAAUUGAAGGUAUUAAUAGCAAGCCAGAAAAUAUGUCUGAUGCCAAUUGGACCAAGAUGAAUCGUAAAACUAUUGGUACGAUUAGACAAUGGGUGGAUGAGAGCAUCUAUCACCAUGUGUCUAAAGAAACUGAUGCACAAGCUCUUUGGAAGAAGUUAGAAUCCCUCUUUGAGAAGAAGACCGUUGCCAAGAAAGCAUUCCUUAUCAAAGAGCUUGUCAACAUGAAGUAUGCAGAAGAUGUUAGUGUAACCGAGCACUUGAACAACUUUCAGAACGUGAUCAAUUAG